GUUCUUUAUAAAUUGAUCAGUUGUGCAUCCUAAAUGAGUUGAAUGCAUUGCUGGGUUUCUUUUGAAAACUCAAUGGCGCUAAAAACACGAUUGUACUCUCCACUAACAUGGCAAAACGGAAUUUAUUCCAGGGGGGUUUUGCUCUGCCUGGGUUAGCAAAAGACCCCGGGGCAUUCGGAUUUCGAGGGAAAACUUCGAAAAACUUGGGCGAUUGCGAUGCUGAAGUGGAAAACUCGUUUAAUUCUUCAACGACUUCGAGAACUUCAACCAUAACACCAAUUAGCUUUAAUUACUCUGACGAUUCUGUCAGUUUGUUGAAUGAUUCGGGUGAAUUAUUAUCUCCCAAGACUUCGAAGCUUGAACAUUUGACGAAAAACAGGCCGAAAAGUCCUGGAAGACGUCCGCCGCAUCGAAAUGUCGGGGAAAGGUCGCGAUCGUGUAGUCCGAAUACUCACGGUGAUGAGUCGUUCGAUUACGGGACUGGGCUUCUAGAGUUAGAUUACAGCCAUAUAAAUGUCUCAGAUGUUCAACGGUCACCGGAAAGGCAACCCACGAAUGCGAAAGGGUCACCAAAAUCUCUGAGCGACGGCAGGGAAAGCUCACAUUUGUCAAACUUCGGUGAUGUUUUGACAACACAACGCCGUCUUCCGGAAGCUCCGAAGAUUGCAAUGUCGAGUUUUAAUAAGCAUUCUCCCCCUGGGGAGGAGAACAAAGGGAAAAGUGGAUUUGAUUUAGGUCUGGAUUUGCCAGGGAUUCAAUCCGGCUCGGACCAAGAAGAAGAUAUAGGUGAUAUGCUAAUUGGUGAUUACGAAGAUUCUGAUUUAGAAUCAGAGCUAGAAAAACCACCGUUACCAUCAAGCCCGCCUCCACUCGACAAAGAACUUGAAAUAAACGUGAAGAAUAGAACUACUUUAGAGAAAUCAAGUGAGAAAUCCACCAAACAACAUGACUCAACACAGACUACUUCUUCAAAACAUCAACAUCAACCAUCUCCACCACCACCUUCAUCAACAAUAAAUAAAUAUUUCCCUCCGAUUACUUUGCCAAGGCAUAACUCUCUCUCUGAUAAGGACUCUAUUACUGAAGCUAAAAACAGUGAAGCUUCAUACUCUGGAAGACAUUCAUUUGGGUUAUCUGAAGGUGUAAAACUUCCCCCUACCUAUGGGGCAAGGGCAUCCAAAUUUAGUGACACAUCAUCAAGGCGCAGGCGCUUCAAGCCAGUUUCAUUAGAUUUGAAUGAGGAUGACAACCUAUCACAGACCUCAGGAGAGAGUUUGAAUAAAACCUUUCCUAGAUCAUUUUCAACUCAGUCAAACUUGGUCACAUCAGACCAGAAAAAGAGGGAAAUCGAUUGGGGUAUACGAGUUGGUUCACUCAAUUCAAGCUUCUCAGAAUCAUCACUAAAAAGUGGUACAAUCUUUGAUAAAUAUCUGGCUAAAAAGCAGCAAGUGAAGAAGCUACAAGAAAAAGAACCUCAACAACAAGAAAAUGUAAAUUCACCUACUUUUGUGCCACAUAAACAAUUUUCUGUUGGACAAUUACCAACAAGUGAAUAUGCUCAAGAUGGCACUGAUAGCAAAAUUGGUCCAACCUUUGAAAAAACAGUUGAUCGAUCUGAUAUGCAAAGAUCAGGUGAUGCUGGAUGUGCCAACGAUAUCAAACAGGUCCAAAGCCAACCCCUACAUGCAGAGAGGGAUACCAAUGGAAACAUCAGUGAUGAUGAUAUUUUAGCUGAUAUAGGUUUUGGUGCAGAUGACAUUGAUAGCAGUGAUGACAAUAUUAGUGAUACAGACAUAGUAGAUAAUGUCUGUAGGUACACACCAUCUUUUGAUGAUAAUCCGGAUAAGGAUAAAGACCAUGAUGAAGACAAAGAUAAUGAUGGUGAUUAUCACCUGUUUGAUGAGGCAGAUGAUGUUAUUGAUGAUUUAGAUAUAUCUGCUCCUCCAAGAAUACAAGUGAAUGGGCAAUUGUUAGAACUUGGGGAAGACUCAAAAGGCCAACAUGCACUUGAUGAAGGGGAACACAACCUAGAAUAUCAAGGAUCUGAACAAGAAAGGUUUGAUAUAGAAAAUGAGCCUGCAUCUCUUGUAACUUCACACUUAUCUGAGCAUUAUGAUGAUGGCGAUAAUGUAAAUGGUGAUGAUGAAGUUAGAGUUGAUGAGGAUCAUGAUGAGCAGGAGAAAGCAAGUGGCGAUGAAGGGUCCAAUCUGGGUGACAGUAUGGAUGAUACCAUGGUAAAAGAUAUUGAAACAUCAGGACAACUAGAAGCCACACAGCAGUUUCUUAAUGAGGAAUCUGUUUUUCAACCACCACCAAUGUUUGCCAGCAGUGAUGAUGAAAUUGAAGAGGAGGAGGAGGGAGAUGUUUAUUCUGAAGAGUUUCAGGGUACAAGCCAGGUUGCUUCACCAUCUAAGCCCAAGAAAUUAAUGCCAUUCCACAAAAUUCCUCUUGGAGACUGGACUGAAGAGGACGCAAGAGAAUGGCUUGACUUCGUUGGUCUAGGGCAUUUUAGAGAACAGUUUAAAGCUCAUCAUGUCAAUGGCCGGACCUUGAAGAACAUCAACUUUCAGCUGCUAGAGGAGAUUGGCAUCAACUCCCCCGAUGAACGAGAGAUUGUGUUGUCAGAGAUCUAUGAUUUGGAUAAUCCAAGUGAUGAUGAGGAAUUAGAAACAGAGAUACAAGAUGCCCUGGAGACUGCAAAUGAGCAAGACAAAGAAAAGAUCCUUGCAGUCUAUUCCGCUUUACGGUCGCCAAAUCUCAGUGGUAUUGAGCUUGCACAAACCUCAACCGGGUCGUCAUCACCAAGAGAUAGUGAUGCUGGCUACCACUUGUCAUCUGACACUGCAUCACUUGCUAGUAGUGUGACGGCAAGUGAUGACAUAAGUCAUCAGGGAAGUACAGAGGUCUUGUCCACACAGGCUCCGAUUUUCCCACCCCAAUCUUACCAGACACCUCGGACAACCUCCUCCUCUGAGAAAGGAAAGGCAAGAGCAGGAAGGUCUGGGAAAGAGGAUUCAAGAGUUAAAGAAAAAAAGAAAAGAAAGAACAAGGACAAGAAAAGAGUCUCUAAAUUCUGGGAGUCCCUCUCCUUAAGCCAUGCCUCCUCUAAGCUGAACAAGAUAUUCGGGACCAAGCGCAUGAGUCCGUCCUUGCAGUACCUCAUGCAAGCAGGCCCCCAGGGAAUCCUGAGGGUGUGGCCCAUUGCGCUGACAGGCCAAACCAAGUACUGCAGCUUCAUGGUUUCCAUGACAACCACAAGUGCUCAGGUGGUUCAAAUGGUGAUUGAAAAGUUUGAAGUCGUAGCUGACCCACUGCGGUACUAUCUGUGUGAAGUAGGGAUGGGGAAAAGAGGCGUAAGCAGAGCCCUGGAGGAUAAAGACUGCCCCCUUCUGCUUCAAUGUCGCUGGCCAGACCCAGAGAAAUACCACUUUGAGUUGAGGUGUCGUGAUGAGGGCGUAGUUAGGAUGCUGUUCGAGAUGAAAGAGUAUGAGGGAGAUCUGGACUACCGGUCCAUAGGUGUGUCAUCUCGCACCCCUUGCCAAGAUGUCAUGCCGCUGAUAAUCCGCAAGUAUGAUCUUCCUGGAACGCCUGCUGACUACCAGCUUAUGGAGGUGUCGGAAGAGAAUGAAGCGGUAAGGGAAGUGGUCGCUGGUCAUGUUUGUCCGCUCAAGCUACAGAAAGCAUGGAAUGAUAUCGACCAUGUGUUUCGACUUGUAAGGAUACGUGAACCAGCUGACAGUCAAACAAGCAAAUGUACCACAUCACCCCAACCCUACCCAGAAACCAAGUCAAGGGCUCCUCCCCCUCCGAUCCACCCUGCUCCACCUGCUGCACCCCCAAGCUCCACUGUGUGGUACACAGCUGGUACAAGCUCCGAGGCAUCAUCACUGCACGGUGACCAGGACUCACUGACCGAUGAACACCCAGACCAUACAAGUGAGGAGAACCUGACUUUCCAGGCAUCGCCAGAGACCAACAAGGAACUGGACGAUGUGCUGAUGGAGGUCCAGGACCAAAUCACUGCAACUGACGGCAGCUCGAUGCGCAGCAGUGGCUUGUCUGCGUCUGUGGGAGCACAACUCUACGAGCUGAGCCAAGCUAAGACCAACUUGCUUGCUAAGGACCAAGAGAUUGAGAGCUUAAGAGCACAAAAUACAGAGUUGCUAGAGAAAGAGAAAGAGCUGAUGGUGUGGAGAAUGCGGAACAGUGAACUGAUAGAGCGCGAAGAAGAGGUGGAGCACUUCAAAGCUGAACAGGAAACGGCCAUGAAAAAGUUGCAAGAGGCAAGAGAAAGUGAAGGGAAAGAACUGGUUCUCAGGACAGAAGAGAUUGAGAAACUUUACGAGAGAAAUAAGGAGCUGAGAGAGAAGGAGAGAGACUAUGAGGAAUUGAAAACAAAAAUGAGAGAUCUCAGUCAGACGGAGAGAAAACUGGAGCAUUUGCAAAGAUUGAAUCAAGAUGCGGUCGCUAAGCAGCUUGAAUUGGCCAAUGAGCGGGAUGAUCUUUUGCAUCGAUACCAGGAGCUAGAGAAAGAAACUAGAGAAUCACGACAUGUGCUGGACAGUGGUAGAAACGAUGAGGUCGAGAGACUCGGGCAGCAGGUCAUUGUACUGGAGGUGGAGAAGGAACAGGCUCUAGCAAAGCUAGAGGAACUGCAAAAGAGGAAUUCGUUGUUGGAGAGAAGCGCGCAGUUACUAGAGAGCAUGCGCAAGGAAAAUGAAGCGCUGGCCACAAAGUGUAAAGACGCAGACGAAAUGAGGAGGAAUAUAAUAAAGCUGACGACACAGCUUCGAGAAGCGGACAAGGCGAGGCUGAAUCAAGGCGAGAUUGACGAUUUGAAGCUUAGUUUGAGCAUCAGUCAAGCGGAGAAGCAGCAACUCCAGACGCGUAUCGACGAGCUCGACAGAGCGCAUGCCGACCUGAGAGAGACCGCUGAGGAGGUGCAGCGAAUCAAGAAAGAGAACGCUUCACUGAAGGCUCAAGUGAAGGAGUUAGGGGAAAUUCGGCGCUCGGUUUCGGAGUUGAAAGGCGAGCUUGUUGAAGCGGAAGCUUUGAAAGAGAAGUUUAUACAGCUGCAGCGAGUAGAAAGAGCCUUGCGAAACGAUCUUCAAAUUCAGAAGAUGGAAAUACAGCGGAAAGACGGACGCAUUGAUGACCUAGAGAGAAAGCUAACGAAAACGGCGGAUGCGUACAUCAAGCUGAAGCAAGAGUCCAACGACCAUCUGCAUCAAAGAGAAAACCUCAACCGACUUCUUGCGAUCAUAAAAGAUAAAGACCCUGCUUUACUGCAGUUGCUUCACGACUCCCUAUCUGACGGCAGCGGUGCUCGAGAAGGGGAAACAGAAGAAGAGGAGGAGUGGUGCUAGGGGGCGCGAAUACACUCUUGUAAGGCAUUAAGAACAGCACGUGCUCAAGAAUAGCAAUCACGUGCUCAAAAGACGGUAGUCACGUGCUUUAAAAGCAAAAAUCACAUGCUCCAAAAGCAAUAGUCUUGUUUUCUGAAUAAAAAACACUCACGCGCUCCAAAAGCUGGAGAGCCAUGUACUACGCAGGCUUAGCAAGAUGAGCCACUAUUUUUUUCUGCAUUUAUUUUUACCUCCCCUUCGAAUCCUUUUUUAUGCUAGCAUAUCAUAAAGAAUAAGCUAAUGGUACAGUGGAAAGGUCCUUUUAUAUUUUAGAGAGAAAAUAUUUUUUUUAAAUAUCGUGUAGCCUACACAUUGUCAUAAUUGUUUAUAUCUUCCUUGUAUAUAUAUUUUUAAAUCUAGAUAAUGCACUAGGCUCCAGUCAGUAGUAUAUUUUAAAAGGGAUUUUUUAAAGGGAGGGAUCGUAAAUGAUAUUCAUUGAAAGGUUGUAAACAUAUAAAUAUUCCAUAUUUUUGGGAGUAAUUUUCAAUUGUAUAGAAGAUGAAUAUUUUGUGGAGAAUAGGUGAAUUUG